AUGCGGAAGUUCACUAGAUUUGGACAGGAUCAUUGCCUGGAGACACCGCCGAGGCGGUCGCCAGGCCGCCACGAUCUGGAGCCUACCACCGACUUUCAGUCGACCCCCCUCCCCCGAGCCACCUACGUCGAGGACGAGUUCCUCAUGUUCGACAUGUCUGGCAUCAAGCCUGCCCACCAGGCGGCCUGCACCCCCCGCGCUCCCAGGUCGAGCCACGGCUGGGGCGGGGCGACCCGCCCAGAGCCUGAUGCCAUGCAGCCCCAGCACCUGGCCAUGGACGGCACAGAGGACUGGGCUCACGAUCCCGGGCACCCAACCACCACCACCAGAUGUGAGGGCGGCCUGUUCUCCUACCGGCUGGGAAAGUACACCUCAGCGCCCUGGCUGCCAGAUGCUGUGCAGGACCCGGCGCGACUGUGCGGCUCCGGGGCUCAGAUCCGCUGGGACCCCGAGGUUCCCAAGGAAAGCGCGGAGCACGCCGCUGCCAGGUACCGCCUCCAGCGGGACCUGCUCAGCCUGCGCCUGACGAGCUGCGAGGAGGAGCUGCGCGCCGUACACGCCAGCUGGCGCCAGGCGCAGCGCAGCGUGCAGGACAUGCACGAGGAGCAGCGCUGCCUGGAGGAGCGGCUGGCGCAGCGCCGCGCCGAGGUGGCGGGGCUGGAUGCGGAGCUGGCGGCGGCCAACGCCCGCGCGCGCCUGCAGCUGGAGCGGGCGCAGCCGGGGCCCGCGCUCGCGGACCCCGGCUCGUGCGGCGGGCGGGAGCGAGACCGGCGCUGGACCGGCGCCCAUGCCGGAGCCAUGGAUUCCCGCUCGUCCUGCUCGACUUCCUCGGGGUCUGGCGCCUCUGCCGCCGGCGACGACGCCGACUCGCACGCCUCGAGCGACGGCCCGGGCCAGGGCGCCUGGCUGCCCGCCGCUGCGGCGCGCGUGGACCUCGGCCCUGCCCGCGAGGAACCCGGGGAGGGCUCCACGUCGCCCCCAUCCUCGGACGCCGACAGCAUGGAGUCCGGAGAAAGUCCCUCGCCCGUGGCCGGGCCCAGGCCCGAGGCCUCGCCCGAGCAGACGGCGGCGACAGAGGGGAGCAGCUCGCCCGGGCUCCCCGCCACGCUGGGCACGCUGUCGGCGGAGCUGGGCGCCUGGCGAGCGCAGGCGGCCCUGGCGCUAGCGCUGCAUCCGGACAAGGCGGCGGCCCCGCUGCCCGCCGAAGCAGCCGCCUCGCUCUUCGCGGCGAUCAAGGAGGCGCACGGGACGCUGGCGGACCCGGUGGCCCGGCGGCGGUACGAUCUGCAGUACGCCUGGCUCGUCGACGUGCUGCGUGCCAGCGUGUGA